AAGAGACUACUGCCGUCGGCAUUGUGGUGACAGCGAAGGAAUAAGUGUAGCUUUCGCGGAAUCGAUUGCCCAAGGUUUCGCGAGAAAACGUUCAAGGCCGAACUCGAACCAAUUCCAGAAGUAGCCGUCGAAGGAUCUGCGGACAGUUGCUGACCAUCAGCUGUCAGCCAUGUGUGGAGGCGUUGCUGCGUCUUUAUUUCUGGCGAGCUGUGCGGUGCUGACGCAUGCGCAGACGUGCAACCUGGAGCGCGCCCAGCAAUGCCGCGACGACCUGCAGCGGCAAGUGAGGCAGGAAAGCCGCAGCUUCAGGGGCCAGGAGAUCACCACGCUUUGCACGUCGGUCCGCGACAACAUGGCCUGUCUGAUGUGGCACUCGGCCAACUGCCAGUCCAGGGACCAGCAAGAGAAGAGCGGCGACGUCAUCCUCUCCGGGAAGUCUUUUCUGGAGAGGUCGUGCGACCUGGACGGCGGUUGGCGGGUGAGUCGGUGUUACUCGAACGACGAUGUGAAGCGGUGCGAGGCUAACUUCGUGGCGGGAGGCAAGGCGUCCGUCAUCGGAGAUUCCUGCAGGAGCUACGUGAGCUUCAAGCGAUGCAUCAAGGACGUGGUUAGCCGGCGGUGCUCUCGGGACGACGAGCAGAUGGUGUCGUCGUACCUCAUCGACCGGGCCCGGGACCUGAGCUGGCAGUGCGGGGGCUCCAUCAGCGAGGCCAGGGACGUGCACAGCAUCUACAGGUCGUCUUCCUCGCACGGAGGCUACGCGCCUUACACUCAAGACCCACCCAUACCUAACUGCACCACGUCUGAAGCCAAGACGGCGGCUAUUUUAUGCUACCCUCCUCGGUACCUGGGCGCCUCGACGAGCCCCACACCACCCCUGGCACCCCUGCACCGAUUUAACUUUUCUUCCGGGAGCUCGGCUUCCGCUUCCGUGCCCGCUAGGGCUUCCGCCGCAGAGGACUCGUACUGCAUGGUACGCGCCAACGAGUACAUCCAGGACUGCUCCAAGGAGCACCAGAAGCGCCAGUACAACGCCAGGCGGUACUACUCUGACGACAGGGUCCGGGAAACCUGCUGCGCCACUCUGGCCUACCGCGAGUGUAUCAAGGUGGUCCUGCACGACCAGUGCCGAGACGCCGGUAGCUCGGUCAUCGACAACAUCCUCUACCAGCAGACCAAGGAACUGGACUACGAAUGCAGAGAUUUCAACGCCUACCGCUGCGCCGGUUGCAUGACCGUUGCCACGCAGAUGGCACUGGUGGCCUGCGUCGCUGUCGCGCUGGCGAGGUUCUUCAGCUUCAGCAGCUGAGCCGCGUGGUCUUCUCAAUGAACGCUGGAGCUGCCUGUGUUUUGAGAAUUGAUUGCGGUGUUUAGAUCUUGAGGUCGGCCAUAAUCAAUUGGGACUGGGAACACGUCAACAAACAAUCGGACAUCACUUCGUUAAAGAAGCA